AUGAGCGUCGUGACGGUGGUACUGGAUCCGUCUGCGCGGCUUCCGUUUGUGUCGCCGAUUGUACUGGUGAACGUCGCCGCAGAGCAUGGCGAUAAGGAUGCUAAAAUCGAUUACGAAGUGAACCAGGGCCCUGCUGUGACCCUCAAAGACGGCAAGAAGGUCGAAGGUGGCCUUGCCGUCCUGCAGGCCCUGACCGAGCUCUACGCCCCGAUCGGCCUUGCAGGCAGUGCCGAGAACCGUGCGGCGGUCGGCGCCUACCUUGAGCAGUCGGACAAACUCGCCGCGGCGCCGUUCCAGGAGGCGUCGCAGCAGGCUGACGAUCUCGACCAGCACCUCGCGCUGCGCACGUACCUGACCGGACACCAGGUCACGGCCGCGGACGUGGCGAUCUGGGGCGCGAUCCGCUCCUCGUCGCCGCUGCUUGGUAUCAUCAAGAAGCAGGCGCAUACGCACCUUGCGCGCUGGUACGCCCACCUCGAUGCACUCCCUGCCUUCUCCUCGGCUGUGACGGCGAUGGCGGAUGCCAAGAGCAACAUGUUCAAGCAGAAGAAGACCGCCGCUGGUUUCGACCUGUUCCUUAAGGGCGCGAAGCAGGGUGAGGUCGUGACGCGUUUCCCCCCGGAGCCGUCUGGCUACCUGCACGUCGGCCACGCCAAGGCCGCGAUUCUCAACCAGUACUUUGCGCAGGAGUACAAGGGUAAGCUCAUCGUCCGUUUCGACGACACGAACCCCAGCAAGGAGAAGCAGGAGUUUGAGGAUUCGAUCGUCGAGGACCUUGCGCUUCUCGGCAUCACGCCCGAUGCUGUUUCCCACACCUCGGACUUUUUCGAGACGCUCAAGGAGCUUGCGGUGCGCCUGAUCAAGGAGGGCAACGCCUACUGCGAUGACACGCUCCAGGAGGAGAUGCGCGCGCAGCGCAUGGACGGUCUGCCCAGCAAGCGCCGCGACGCCUCUGUCGAGGAGAACCUGGCGCGCUUUGAGGAGAUGGAGCGCGGCACACCCGAGGGAUGCAAGUGGUGCCUGCGUGCCAAGAUGAGCGUCGAUAACCCCAACAAGGCGAUGCGCGACCCAGUUAUUUACCGCUGCAACGUCGACACGCCCCACGCGCGCACCGGCACGCAGUGGAAGGUGUACCCCACCUACGACUUCUGCUGCCCUGUCGUGGACAGUCUCGAAGGCAUUACGCACGCGCUGCGUACGAACGAGUACCACGACCGCAACCCCCAGUAUGAGUGGUUCCUGGAGAAGCUGAACCUGCGCCAUGUGGACAUUUGGGACUAUGGUCGCCUGAACUUUGUGUACACGCUGCUGAGCAAGCGCAAGCUGCAGUGGUUCGUCGACAACGGCAUCGUGCCCGGCUGGGACGACCCCCGUUUCCCGACCGUGCGCGGUAUCCGCCGCCGUGGUAUGACGAUCGACUGUAUCCGCCAGUUUAUCCUGUCGCAGGGCCCCUCGCAGCAGAUCAUCAACAUGGAGUGGGACAAUAUCUGGGCGCUAAACAAGCGUCUAAUCGACCCCGUGGUGCCGCGCUAUGUCGCGCUCGACGAGGCGAAGCUUGUCAAGGCGUCGAUCGCCAACUGCCCUCCUGCGGAGGACAAGCAGGUGCCGAAGCACAAGAAGAACGCCGAGCUCGGCAUGAAGACCACCGUGUACGACAGCCAGAUCUUUAUCGAGCAGGCCGAUGCGGCCUCGUUCGACGUCAAUGAGGAGAUCACGCUCAUGGACUGGGGCAACGUCAUUGUGCGUGCCAAGCACCUCGCCGAGGACGGCUCGGUCUCCUCGCUCGACCUCGAGGCGAACCUCGACGGCGACUUUAAGGCGACCAAGAAGAAGGUGACGUGGCUCGCGCAGCCCAACGCGACGCACCACCUCACGCCGGUGACGCUCGAGGACUUUGACUACCUCAUCACCAAGAAGAAGCUCGAGGAAGAGGACAAGUUUACCGACUUCCUCUCGCCCCAGACGCGCUUCACCACCCUUGCACUGGCAGACGCGAAUGUCGCCGAGCUCAAGGAGGGCGACGCGAUGCAGUUCGAGCGCAAGGGCUACUACAUCCUCGACAAGGUCCAAGGCGCGGACGGCCGCCGCGAGUUUAUCCGCAUUCCCGACGGCCGCGCAGCCUCGAGCGCGAGCAAGGCUGCCCCGGACGAGAAUCCGGCGGAGAAGAAGGCCGCCGCGGCCGCCGCGCGUGCCCAAAAGGCCGCCGAGAAGGCGGAGAAGGCCAAGCAAAAGGAGGCGAAAAAGGCGGGCAAGAAGACCGCUGGUGCCGACCCUGUGCAGAACCUUCUCGAGGAGGGCGCCAAGAAGGUCAACAUGUACUCGCUCCCGAACAUUAAUGAGCCGGUGGACACCAACCCGCAGACCAAAAUGUACCGCGUCAAGCCGAUUAUGUAG